UCGUGACGGAAGGGGCGUGGCUCCCGACGGAAGGGGCGUGGCACGGUGCUGUAGCAACGGCCGCCAUGGCCAAGCAGUACGACAUGGUGGAGUGUCCGUUCUGUGACGAGGUCUCCAAGUACGAGAAGCUCGCCAAGAUCGGGCAGGGCACCUUCGGGGAAGUUUUCAAAGCCAAACAUCGUCAGACAGGCAAGAAGGUAGCACUGAAGAAAGUGUUGAUGGAAAAUGAGAAAGAGGGGUUCCCCAUCACAGCCUUGCGAGAGAUUAAAAUCCUCCAGCUGCUCAAACAUGAGAACGUGGUGAACCUCAUUGAAAUCUGCAGGACCAAAGCCUCUCCGUACAACCGCUGCAAGGGCAGCAUCUACCUCGUGUUUGACUUCUGUGAGCAUGACCUGGCUGGACUGCUCAGCAAUGCCCAUGUCAAGUUCACGCUCUCAGAGAUCAAGAAAGUCAUGCAGAUGCUGUUGAAUGGACUUUACUACAUCCAUAGGAACAAGAUCUUGCAUCGAGACAUGAAAGCUGCAAAUGUCCUGAUCACAAGGGAUGGAGUCCUGAAGCUUGCUGACUUUGGACUGGCUCGUGCUUUCAGCCUGGCUAAGAACAGCCAACCUAACCGCUACACCAACCGGGUGGUGACUCUGUGGUAUCGGCCGCCAGAGCUGCUCCUAGGGGAGCGGGACUACGGUCCCCCCAUUGACCUCUGGGGUGCAGGCUGCAUCAUGGCAGAGAUGUGGACCCGCAGCCCCAUCAUGCAGGGGAACACAGAGCAGCACCAGCUCACCCUCAUCAGCCAGCUCUGCGGAUCCAUCAUGCCGGAGGUUUGGCCAAAUGUGGAUAAAUACGAGCUGUACCAGAAGCUGGAUCCCCCCAAGGGCCAGAAGCGCAAGGUGAAGGAUCGCUUGAAAGCCUACGUUAAGGACCCUUACGCGCUUGACCUCAUUGACAAGCUGCUGGUGCUGGAUCCCGCCCAGCGGAUCGACAGUGACGACGCACUGAACCACGACUUCUUCUGGUCGGACCCCAUGCCCUCGGACCUCAAAAACAUGCUGUCCACCCACAACCAGUCCAUGUUCGAGUACCUGGCCCCGCCACGCAGGAGGGGUGGGCACAUGCCCCAGCAGCCCACAAACCAGGGCAGGAACCCGACCGCCACCAACCAGACUGAAUUCGACAGGGUGUUUUGAGGGGGGGCUUCCCCAGCAGGGCCCCGCCUGGGCUACUCUUCAGGUUGCAUUAAGCGGGGAUGUCCUGGUGGGGUCUUUUUGUCUGGGAAGGGACUUUUCUUCAAGGUGAAGUGCCUGCCGGCUUUAACUGAGCUCUGCCGCCUCCUCAUGCAGCAGCUCAGCCCCUGCAGAGCUGUGUGACCAGCGAGGUGAUGCCUGUGCGCCCGGAGUUGUUUCCCUGCAGCUUUGGCACAGAGCCUGUGUUCCCUCUGCGCAGUCUGUAUUGGUGACAUUCAUCUUGUGGAUCGAUCGUUAUGGACCUGGUGAUGGAGAAGGUGGCUCUGUCGGUGUUGGAGCUUUUGGCAAAUGGUGCUGGGAUUAGCUGCUCUGAACUAAACUGGGCCGUGCUGGGAGCCGUCUCAGCUCUCUCGAUUGAUCACAGCUCCUGCAUGGUGCAUCCUUUGAACACUGAAGCGUUGAUGUAGGAUGAGGCAGGUGCCUCUGAGCAAUGCGGAGGUGUCCUGGGGAAGGCAGAGUUGCUCUAGACAGCACGACUAACUCAUUGGAAUUUGAGCUCUAGCCCAAAAAGGGGCUUACUGGACAAACCAGAAGGGUGCCUGGCAGAGCUCGUUGCUCCAUAGAACCAGGAUUUGCAGUGGGAAUCAUUGGUCUCUGCAGCAGCACACAGCAUUCACACUGUCUUUGUUGCAAACUGGAAUUAGGAGUCUUGUCGGACAUACUCGCUGCUUCCCCGCAGUGCUGGCUCGGGCAGGCGUUGGGAUGGAGAUGGGAGCUGUGAGUUCUGACCUCACCUGGGGUGGGGUGACUCUUAACCCACUCACACGCCCCCUACUCUGUCCUGGAGCUCUUUGCAGGAGUCUAGAGCAAGAUCGCUGCCUUCCCCAGGUGCAGCGAGCACCCCAGGGCGCUGUGAUGGUGGGCACACAUCUGCUGGGGCCUGUCGGGACUGACUCGUACAGAGCAAGUGCUGCUUCAACCCGCUGCCGUCAGCCGCUCGCUGAACUGUGUCUUCCAUGGCUGUCAGCUGCAGCCGGCCGUCUUCUCCGUUUCUUUCAAACAAAUAAUGCGUACGAAAUGCAGCAGGCGAUAACCCCCGGCAUUUCAUAGGUUGUCCAUUAACUAGACUAAUGGCAAAAGCCACGUCAGUAGCGUAAGGUCUCAGGAGGAAGCUGUGGUGAGCAGGGCCGUUCUCAGGACAGAAAGUGAGGAUGAUGAACGAUGUGUACCAGGUAAAUCUCUUGGUGUGGGGCUCUGAAACAGUGGCCGGUUGGGGGGGUACUUGGUGUCUUUGGAAAAAAUGAAGUUGGUUGCAAGCAAUAAGCCACUUGACUUCUUGCUGGUUGUGAAUAAAUGAUUCUGUCCCAAA